GCGCCGAGCGCGGCGGCGGCGGCGGGGACGCGUCACUUCCGCCGGCGGCGGCGGCGGCGGCCCGAGGAUGUUUUACCACAUCUCCCUGGAGCACGAGAUCCUCCUGCACCCGCGGUACUUCGGGCCCAACCUGCUCAACACCGUCAAGCAGAAGCUUUUCACGGAGGUGGAGGGGACCUGCACCGGGAAAUACGGGUUCGUUAUCGCCGUCACCACCAUCGACAACGUCGGGGCCGGGGUGAUCCAGCCGGGCCGCGGCUUCGUGCUGUACCCGGUGCGCUACAAGGCCAUCGUCUUCCGGCCCUUCAAGGGCGAGGUGGUGGACGCCGUGGUCACCCAGGUCAACAAGGUGGGGCUGUUCACCGAGAUCGGGCCGAUGUCCUGCUUCAUCUCCCGCCACUCCAUUCCCUCCGAGAUGGAAUUCGACCCCAACUCCAACCCCCCCUGCUACAAAACCGUGGACGAGGACAUCGUGAUCCAGCAGGACGACGAGAUCCGCCUGAAGAUCGUGGGGACGCGCGUGGACAAGAACGACAUCUUCGCCAUCGGCUCCUUGAUGGACGAUUACCUGGGCCUCGUCAGCUGAGCCCCAGGAGCAGCCGCGACCCCUCCCCAAAUCUGGCUCCCCCAAAUUUUGGGGGUCCCACCCCCCCAUCCCCAAUUUUGGGGGUUCUGGCAGCUGGGCCCGCCCCCUUCAGAGCUGGGGGGGCCUCUGUUUUCCCUCAAUAAAAGCGUUUCUCCCAA